AUGGAGAAGAGAGCGCGGAGCUCCUCCAAGGAGGCCCGCGAGAGAGGUGGCAGGUCGCCCCACAGAGAGAACAAGCGAGGGAAGGCGGAGAAGGGGAGCGCGGCCCGCGCGCGCAGUGAGGCACGGCCUGAGCGGCCAGGAUCCCGGCGGGCGCGGAGCCCCGGGGAGCCCCGCGCGCCCGCCGCCACCGUGGUGGACGUGGACGAGGUCCGCUCCGGCGACGAGGGCACCGAGGUGGUGGCGCAGAUAGAGAGCGAGCGGCCAGAGGAAGGUACCAAAGCUUCUGGUUUAGGGGCCUGUGAGUGGCUUCUUGUCCUCAUGUCUCUUCUGCUCAUCAUUGUGACCUUCCCCUUUUCUAUCUGGUUCUGCAUAAAGAUACUCACCCUUAACUGCCCUCUCCUAGGCCUUUUCUUCCUUCUGCCCUGCCUGGACACAUACCACAAAGUUGAUCUUCGCCUCCAAACCCUGGAGAUUCCCUUCCAUGAGGUUGUGACCAAAGACAUGUUUAUAAUGGAAGUAGAUGCCAUUUGUUACUACCGAAUGGAAAACGUCUCUCUCCUGCUAAGCAGCCUUGCUCAUGUGUCCAAAGCUAUCCAAUUCCUGGCGCAAACCACCAUGAAACGUCUCCUAGCCCAUCGAUCCCUCACGGAAAUUCUUCUUGAGAGAAAGGGCAUUGCUCAAGAUAUAAAGGUCGCCUUGGAUUCUGUCACCUGCAUUUGGGGAAUCAAAGUGGAGAGAACAGAAAUUAAGGAUGUGAGGUUGCCAGCGGGGCUUCAGCACUCACUGGCUGUGGAAGCAGAAGCUCAAAGACAGGCCAAAGUACGGAUGAUUGCUGCAGAAGGGGAGAAGGCUGCCUCUGAGUCUCUGAGGAUGGCAGCAGAGAUUCUGUCAGGGACCCCAGCCGCUGUGCAGCUCCGAUACCUCCACACCCUUCAAGCUUUGUCCACAGAGAAACCUUCCACUGUGGUCUUACCUCUGCCAUUUGACCUGCUAAACUGCCUGUCUUCUCCCAGCAACAGAACUCAAGGAAGUAUUCCCCUUCCACAUUCUUCAAAAUCCUUUGAGCCACUGAAUCCUAAAAAGAAAGACUCUCCCAUGUUAUAG